AUGGCGUGGGCGCGGGAAGGGGUGGGGUUGGGCGGACACCCCGGAGCCAGCUCCGCACGCCGCGGACGGGCCCCCAGCCCGUAUCCUGGCUCCCGCAGGCAGCCGGGCGGGAGGCGAGGCCCGAGGAGAUCCCAUCCUGUCCUGUCCUGCUUUGCAGAGGAGCGGCCCUGCAGCCCGCACAGCCCUGCGAGCAAAGGUCUUUGUGUGAGAAGGAGCCGGCUCCCCGCCGCUUCCCCCGCCCGGCUGCCUGUGACCCACCGCGUCCUGCGGGCCCAGAGCCGGCCGGGCAGGAAACAGCCCCAGCAUCUGCUCUCUGACCUCUUGAGCUCCACUGCCGGCGAACCCGAUGCCGCUGCCUUCCCCCUCUGGGAUUUCCUGCUCCUCCUGCCCGCACACACCACGAGCUCCCCGGCCCAGCGGCAGCAGGUGGGCACGCUUCCCCCGCAGCAGCUGAGCCCCGUGAUUUGGGGGCUGGAGGGUGGGGACAGGCUCUGCAAACCAACAGGUUGCACAAUAGUUUGCUUAAGGGCUUGUGACUUGGGCUCAGGUGCUCCAGGGCGGGAGCAGCCCUGGCCUGGCUGCCCUGGCCUGGGGGGGACGGCCCUGCACCCCGGGGGGGGCAGCUGCUCCGGGGACACCGCGGGGACCCUGCGGGAGGCUGGCCAGCCCCGUCACCCGGGUCCAGGCAGCGUCCCGGGGCAGCUGCUCACGGAGCGCGAGAUCCGCCGGCAGAAAUCAGCGCGGCCAGCUCCAUCCUUUGCCUUCCUCGAACCCUCCCCCUUUUUGCCUCCCUCUGCUUCCCCCCUUCCCCCAAAAGCUCUUUGUCUGCAGGCCCUGCGGAGGAAGCAGACCUUCUGA